UUAGUAAUGAGGGACGAAUGGAUUCAUUGUUUCCAUAAACCCUAAAAGAAUUUCUCUACGCAAUACAAUUGCUGUUUGUCUGCCUACAUACAUAUCCCACAUAUCGCCCACCACCCAACGCCAAUAUUCGUUUUCAUACUGCCUGCGGACAUUAAAAAAAUUUGUAAUUCACAGUACAAAAUUUUGUGGAUAAAACGUAUAAUAUCUUCAAAUAAACGGUGUAAAUCUACAAAUCGCAUCGCAAUGCCACCAUUGAAGACCUAUUCACCGCACAACGAAUUCAAUGCAAACUGUCACAAUGGCAAUAGUACGACCACUGGUGGUGAUGGUGAAGGUAACAGCUCGACAGCAACGGCAAUUGCAACAUCAACCACAAGUGAUAUAUGUGGCGCUGUGAGUAAUGCUGGUGCACAACAACGCGCUAAUCUGCCUUGCUACAGUAACGCACAGUUUCCCUUCAAAGUGUUGGCCAAUUUAAAUCAGUUGCGAACAGAAUCUCGUUUUUGUGAUGUGGAAAUUGUAGCUGGCGGCAUUACAUUCAAUGCUCAUCGUGCUGUAUUGAGUGCAGCCAGCGCCUACUUUGAGGCAAUGUUUCGGCCUGAGCUUGGUUUGAAUGAAGUGAACCAAAAAUCUGUUGUAUUACAUACCAUAGAUGGAGAAAUCUUAAGUAUUCUGCUAAAUUUCAUAUACACGGGGCGCUGUGAAAUUACCCAGUCGAAUGUGCAAGAGCUCCUAGCUGCUGCUGACAUGCUUCAGUUACCGGAAGUGGUAGAUGGUUGCUGUGAUUUUCUAUGCCGCGAAUUGCAUGCCACCAAUGCAUUGGGAAUUCUACGCUUCGCAGAAGCUCAUAAUUGUGAAACAUUAAAGAAAAGCGCUUUGAAUUAUGUGCACUCCAAUUUUCCGGCGAUAACACUUGAAGACGAGUUCUUAGACACACCACAAACUCUGCUCGCUCAGCUGCUCACUUCUGAGCAGCUGCGUGUCGAUUCCGAAUCUCAAGUUUUCCAAGCAGCUCUACGAUGGAUAAAGCAUGAUGUCACCCAACGUCGCUGUUAUGUCUUCGACACUCUGUCGCAUGUGCGGCUAGCACUUGUGCCCGUAAAAGUUAUCGAUCAAGCGUUGAAAGACUGCCGUGAUAUGUCGGUUAAAAUUGCCUUACGUUCUAUUUGUCGCGACAUAGCCUCGAAGCGUGGCCAAUUGGUGCCACUGCGCGUAUGUCCACGUCAACAAGCUAAGAAGAAUAUAUAUAUUAUUGGUGGGUCAAGACGUGAAUCACAACGUGACUGGACACCAUCCGAUUGUAUUUUCGAAACGGUGGCCAAAUUCGAUAUAUUUCGACGUGAGUGGUCAGAAACGGCACCAAUGGAAAUCGGUCGCAUUCUACCUGGUGUAGCAGCGUUAAAUGGGAAAAUCUACGUCAUUGGUGGUGAGCGCGGUUCACAAAUCCUAGCUAAUGGUGAAGUGUAUGAUCCACAAACCGAUGUAUGGACGCCUAUUGCGCCAAUGAUUGUGCCUCGUUGUGAAUUUGGUUUGUGCACUUUCGGUGGUACAUUGCUGGCGGUGGGUGGUUGGUUAGGUGACGAUAUAGGCGGUUCCAUUGAAUGUUACGAUCCCGAAAAAGAUGCAUGGCAUAAGCUGGGCGAUUUGCCAGAACCACGUUUCAGCAUGGGAGUGGUCAGUUUUGAAGGACUUAUUUAUAUUGUAGGCGGCUGCACAACUUCAAGUCGUCAUUUGCCAGAUUUAAUUAGUUUCAAUCCAAUAACUCAAGAUUGGCAACCGAUGGCACGCAUGCGCACAGCUCGCUGUCAAAUGGGUGUUGCUAUACUCAAUCGUUAUCUUUAUGUUGUGGGCGGCAACAGUAGUUCACAGGAUGUACUGAGCACCGUUGAGCGUUACAGCUUCGAUGAGAACAAAUGGGAGAGCGUAUGCUCGAUGUCAGUGCCACGCGCUAUUCCAGCUGUAGCAGCAGCUGAUGGCUUACUCUAUGUUGCUGGUGGUGAUCAGCCUUGUGAGGAUAAUUUCUAUCGGGCCCAUAUCACCAUCAACGCCGUGGAAGCGUACGACCCGUUGACUGAUACAUGGAAGAAUUGCCCCGAUCUGCCUGUUGGCCGCUCAGAGGCUGGUGCUGUCGUUGUUUAACGCCGGUUCAUGCAUAUCUCCGUGAUGCUUUUGGGCAACAGCAACUGCAUUCGUUUUGUUUUGUGUUUAUAUUAUGAAUUGUUUUACAAAGCGUAAACUAUAAAUUUAACUAUACAUUCAUAUACAUAGUAGAUAGGCUUUCAUGUUUCCCGAAUUUAUUGAACAAUUUUUAUACUAUAUUUGCAUACACAUUAAAUUAAAUUAUGUAAGUCUUUGCAUUAUGUAAGAAAGAUGUAUUCCUGCCCUUUUAUAUUUAAAAAAGUUAUUUUUACACACAAGUACACAUAGUGCGCUAAGCAACUUGAAUACCAAAAAAAAAAAAACGUGCAAACGCUUUGCGACAAAUUAAUCCUUUAUCACUUGACGCGCAAUCAACAGAAUUAGUAAAAUCCAGCGCGCAAAAUUGAAAAAGCCAUAAUUUAUUUAAUUAUCUGCAUAUUCCUACUUCUGGUAGAACUUUUAAAUUGCAAGACUGUUAAGAAGCUUUUUAAGUUUGUGACUAUGCAAAACUAAAAAAAAAGUAUCAUGAAAUGAAGUUUGCUUUAAGGCUUCCAUUUAAAAACGUUAACGUUAAAAUCAAAAUCAAAACUAAUAGAUAAAUAAAAUUUGUCCUGGCAUGUAAACUAAAAUUGAAAUUAAAUGUAACAUAAAAAACAGUGAGAUUUCCUUCAGCCGCUAAUAAAUUUAACUAAAUACAACUUGUAAGUGUAGUAUCUCAAUUUAUGUAGUAACUAUGUGUAAAUCAAAAUUAACUGUGAAUAUGUUGUAGCACUCUAUUGUAUUUAAAAAAGUAAACUUUCCCUCAUAAGGAUACUGAAAAGUGAUUGUGGCAUGUUCAAAAACUAUGUUCUAGGUAAAACAAAGCGUCAUCAUCUAAUUUAUAUUACACGAUUUCUCGCAUUGACCAGCAAACAACUUAACUAACUUUAAACGAUUCAAUAAUUCUUCCAAUCUCCCCAGUAAAUUUAAAAGGCUUUACCGCCAUAAAAUUUUUAAAUAAAAGAUAAUAAUGAUUACACACAUAA